UUAGGUGACAUUAAUAUACCCGCAGCUUGGGAUGCACCACCGCUGAGGCUACCAGGAAAACAAUAUCCGGUAGUGAUAUUCUCUCACGGUUUAGGAGGGUGUCGUACAUCUUAUACUACAUUUUGUUUAGAGCUGGCUUCCCAAGGUUAUGUUGUGGCGGCCCUGGAACACAGGGAUUAUUCUGCAUGUAUGUCAUUCUUCUAUGAACGGCAGUCAAGUGCUACUGACAAAAAUCUAACUGACCAUUCAAGCUGUCAAGAGAAACUGGUGAAGCGGUGGAUGCUGUUUCGCAAAGUUAAACAAGGAAAAGGAGAAUAUUCAAUAAGGAAUCAACAGGUUCACCACAGAGCAAAAGAGUGUAGUUUGGCGUUGAACAUAUUGAGUGCCAUAAAUGCAGCGGAACCAGUCGCAAAUGUGUUAGAUACUUCCAAGCUUCCACUAGAGUCCUUCAAAGGCAUGCUGAAUUUGGGAAAAGUUUCGGUUGCUGGACAUUCCUUCGGAGGAGCAACAGUUAUAGCUACAAUGGCAACAGAUAAACGCUUUAAGGCAGGAUUAGGACUUGAUACCUGGAUGCUACCAUUUACAGAAGAAACUUCAAUCUUCCGAAAAGUUCAACAGCCAAUGCUUUUCAUUAAUAUGGAGAAGUUUCAAACAAGAGCAAAUCUGAAGGUGAUGAAAAUGAUGGAAUCUACAAAGUCUCUGCGUGUAAUCAUCACUCUAAAGGGAACAGUUCAUCUUAAUCAAUGUGAUGUGCCAUUUUUAUGUGAUAAAACAAUGAGGCGAUUGUUUGGAGCCCAUUCAAAUUUAAACCGGUUUACAGCAAUGAAUCUCACAACCGCAUUGUCAAAUGUUUUUCUAAGCAAACAAUUAGGUAUACACGUUGAUGUCAAACACGAUGCAUAUAUAUUAAACCAUCGACAUGUAUUGAAAGAGGGAAUUAAUGUAGCAUAAAAUUUCAGGAACUGUAUAUAUUUCUUCAUAUAAACACCUAACUCAAUUACCUUUAGAGAUAAAGGUAGGCGAUGUUAAGAUGUUUAUUAAAAUUAACACAAGGCAAUAACUACCCACCAAAUGAAUAUCUACAUAUCCAUGAUUAUACAAAAUUUUUAAAAUGUGCAUUUGUUUUAAUUUAAUCUUCAUUUUCCAAGUUUAACCAAUAAAUCUGAAUAAUGACAGAAAUUAGAAACUAAAUUGGAAGAAAUAACAAAUAAAAGUUUUAACUGAUCCAUAUACUUUAACAGUUUCUUUUAUGCACCUAAACAUGCUAGAUAACUAGUCAGUACCAUUCUUAAAGUUUAAUUAUUAGUUACAAGUUAUCUAUACCACCAGAUAACAUUAAGAUUAAUGGUUCUUAAAUAGAAAUUGUGCAAAAAUUAUUGGAGGAUGCAGGGACAUUUAAAAAUUUUACUUUUAUGAAUAGAUAGAUAAUUAGAGAUUUUAUUUAUAUAAACAAUAGGUAUUUUUUUAUAGUUCAUAUACAAUGCAAGCAGUCUCGUGGCUAUUUGUUAAUUCUUUUCUACAUACAUGCCAUAAAAUAGAGUUCUUUACUUUUUCACUUUAGAUCCCUUUAAAUUUCUUCCUAACUACAUUGGAAUAUUUCAAACAUUAAUUUUUUAUUCAAGUGCUGGAAUCAUGAACUAUUUCAUCUGACUAAAAAAGGUUAUGAAGGUUAUGAAUAACACAAUUUUGAGCAACCCUAAUUUAGAUCAUUUUUUUUUUGUUUCUUUUUUACAGUUUAACAAAGACUCUAUGUAUAUUUAAUGAUAAGAAAUGUAACUUAUGUAAAUACUGUAUAUAUCUGUUUUCACUGAAAGAAAAAUGUAUGUUAUAAAGCAUUUUCUUGCACUGUAUAAUAUGUCUUUUUUCCUUUUUUUUUAAAUAAAUGCUUUG